CAGAAUACAAUCUAGUUUGUUUCCAAAACUGUCAUUUUUCAAAAACACAAUUUUUCAACGAUGUUAAACUACUCCGAAAGCAACGACUUUCGGUCACAAGUCGUUGAAGACCAGUGGUAUCACAAGGAGAAUGUGGAUUUGCCCCUCUUGAACGACCUGGUCAACGACUCGAGCGAUCUAGGCCCUGAAAGCGUGCUCAAAGACUGCAAGUACAACCCCUUACUAAACCCUUUCGACAUGGAAUGGGUCUUCGGCUUCGACAUCAGCAUCCCAGUCCUUAGCUUGACUGCGGGCGACCGCCGCGAAAUAUUUUACUCAGCGACGAAUGUCGGAAUUGUGUACAAUUAUUGCACAAAAACGAUGGUCCAUCUCAGAGGACACCAAAGCAAAAUCGUGAGCGUUUCAGUGGACCGCAGUUGUCGCUGGCUGGCCACCGCUGACAACGGAAAAGACAACAUUAUCAUGGUGUGGGACACUCUAAAUCGCUCGGUCGUUUGGACGAUUUUCAACCAUCCGGCCGAAGGCCACGACUUGAUCCUCAUCGGGCUAAGUCCAAGCGCCCGAUUGUUAAUAACAAUCACCAACGAACACGAAAACACGAUUAAUUUUUGGCUGUGGACCUACGGCAGAGAUAAACCGGAUGAAACGUACACAGACGACCGCAGUUUAGGCGCAGCCAAAGCCAUCGAGUUCCAUCCAGACCUGGAAGAGCACUUCAUGAUUGUCUUUGAAAAGGGCGUAAUUUUCUUCCAGUGGGACUUCGAACAGGACAAGUUGGUCAAAAACGUGAGCCCCAAAAGCCCCCUUAGCACCAGAAUAGGGUAUUAUACCGAUGCAACCUACGUUAAUUGUUGCCACGAAUGUUUCGUGAGCACCUCCAAAGGCUGCAUCCUGGUUUUUGGGAACACGAUUUUUGCCAAAAACUACGCCGGACAGGAGGAUCUUGACAACGACAAAAUUUUCGUCAAGACUAUCAAGAUUGAGAAAAGCGCCUUGAACUGUCUGACUUCGGUCGAUGAAAUGAUAGUGACGGGAGAUUCAAACGGAACAAUCAUGUUUUUCGACAAACGGAUCAAACUCCUCUAUUGGUACUCCCGCAGUAUUGAAAAGUCGAUCCGAUCGAUGAGUUUCGUGCAAAACCCGCGCCGAAAAUACAUUUUUGACGAGUCCCAAAUCCGCGAUUUGGAAGAGAGAAGUUUCGAGGGAAUCCCCGAUUGCAUCCAAGACCGCUCGCACGAAUACGAAAUUUUGAUGAAACAGAAAGUGCCAAAAGACGCGACGCUCAACAACCGGCCCUUUAUCACUCGAGACUUUUUCAUCUCCACCGUGGACGGCCAAAUCCACAUGAUGAAUUACUCCAGGCAGGAGUUUAUUUCGUUGUUCCCCACUGGCGAGAGCAGCGUUGCAGCAAUUGACGUGCAUGACGAAAAGCCUUUUGUCAUAGUUGCGUACACCAAAGGUCACCUCAUUAUAUUCAAUUACGAAACGCACGAAGAAGUCGUUUCGUCAAACCUGCCAGAGACCGAACCCGAAACCACUAUAACGAGCAUCAAAUAUUCGCCGCAAAGUUUGCACUUGGCUUGUGGGCGCUCAAAUGGUGAACUGUGGUUGCUACAACCGGCCACUCUAGGCCAAAUUUACGUGGAACCUUUCAGAUUCAGUAACGACAAAGUUAUGAAAAUUGCAUUCUCGCAAAAUUCGCUACAAAUGGCUUAUUAUGACUCGAAUAAUACAAUUUUCGGCUUUUACUACGACUGUGAAAGCGAAGACUGGAUUUUUAAAGGAAAAGUCCGGUCUCACUACAAAGACGUUUGCAAUAUUUUGUUCCUGGACGAAGAACCGUUCGGCCUUUACACCAUAGGGAAGGACCGGCAUCUGAUCAGAUACACGAACAUUGCAGCCGAUGAAGAGGAGCUGGACAUUUCCACCCGCGACCGAAUCGAGCAAAAGGACACUCCGAUUUACUUCACUCCUUAUAUCCGGAAAAAGUUCAGCAAAUGUGGCUAUUUUUUGAUAGCCGAUGAUAAGCACAAAUAUAAGACAGUCAAUGCCAAAACAAUGAUGUGCACCGCUGUGUACUUGGGACCGGCCUAUGGCUGUUUCAAAGACAGUCCGGUUUGCAAAAUGGAAUUUCUCCCAAAGUCGAAUCGGAAGUAUUUGAUUUUCAUGACGAAGAAACAAAUUGGAAUUCAGUUAAUGUCGAUCGAUGGCAAUCCGUUUAAGUUUGUUGGAAGUCUGGGGCAUCCUGACGAAUUGCUAGACUUCCAAAUGUGUAAAGACGGGAAAUAUGUCUUCACGAUUGGCAAAAACGACAGAAGUGUGUUUAUGUGGAGGGUCAAAACGGCGAGUGUUGAAACGAUGCACAUUUUGGGGGGCGUGGAGCUACAGCCGUACUAUUGCCUCAUCGAGGGCGGAAGGGCCGGUUUCCUGUACCAGGAAAUGCGCGAUUUGUUCUACUACAUGCAAAUCCUGCAGCAGGGAGAGCAAAUUUGUGCGCCCCGGGUGGUCAGCAACUGCAUAAACCUGGGGGAAUUACCCGACUUGAUGCGGGCUUGUGGGUACUACCCCUCGGAAUAUGAGAUUGAAAAUCUCCUAACCGACAUGCGUUACAAAGAAUACGACGAGAACGGCAUGCUGAAGGACAAAGUCACGUUUUGCGAGUUUGUCAAACUUUUUAUUAAUCAUAAACCCGCUUACGGUUACACAAUCGAGAGUCUUGAGGAGUCUUUUGAGACGAUCACGACGUUUUCGGACGAAUAUGGGGCCUCAGACAUGUCGAGGGAGGACUUUAUUGAAGCUAUAACAACGACAGGGGAGCAAGUCAGCAACGAGCAGAUUUUUAGAUGCUUGAUUACUCUUUUACACGAGACUGAAACGCCUGAUCAGUUCGGUGAGAGGGACUUUAGCUUUAUGCCCGAUACCAUCGACUUUGACUACUUGACUGAAGAUAUUUUGGGCAUCGACAUGGACCAGAUUGAACGACUUGAAAAAGAUGACGAUAAUGACGAUGAUGACCGAGGAGGCUACUACGACUUCUUCUAUCGCUCAUGAAUUGUUAUUAAAAACAUUUAAAUAAAAAUUUACGUGCUUGUAUUUUCA